AUGCGAGUGAUGCAAUUUCGGUGCAGUUUUCGUCGUCCACACCAAGCUGAAAUAAAUGCCAGGGAGCAGGAAAACCCAGGCCAUCGAAGCAAUUACCAGUGCGAGCUCCAUGCGAAUCGCUGCGAUAUCUCAAUCUUGUUUUUUCACAACCGUUUUUUGCAAUGCACGACGGCUACUAUAGUACGGGUCCCCGACCGACCUACAUAUAUAAAGAUAAAUAGUGGUCUUGCUUGGGAGCUCUUUUGCGAAAGGAGAUCGUUUCGGGAUGAACUCCGAUCGCAGCCUAAUACGCAGAUUUUUGACUACUGUCGUGUUUCUUUGAUUGUGGGUUUGCAUGCUAACGCAAAAACACACACACGAUUAGUCUCCCACUCUCGCACUAGCACCCAUAUACAGAGGGAGCGUCUGAACACACCUGUACAAAAACUCCGGACUGAGAAAACGGGUUGUACUGUCACAUUCGUACCAAAACUCGGCUUCGCGCUAUCGACACACACACACACACACACACACACAAACGCACACACAGGUGGCAUUUUCAUCGCAAUGGCAGACCCGUUUGAAAGCAGUCACGACGAUGGAUGCGACGCAUUCCGUGGCGCACGCGCUCCACCACCAGCACCACUGCCGCCGCCGGCGCCGCCUCCUCCUCUUCCCCUUUUGUCACAUCCACCACAACAGUCCCAACGCAGCACACCUAACUCGUCGUUGUAUCAUGCCGGCAUGCUGGAAACAUCGCCCACGUCAAGCGCAAGUUCUGGAUCGAGCCAGAAACCGUCCCGCAGACUUUGGAGCCCCAUGGAGGACCUGUUCCUGCUUACCCUGGUCCUCACACAUAAGCACGCUCUGCCCGUUUCCUCAAAUGUACGACGCUUUUGGGAAUUCGUCAGUUUUCAGUUGCUUCAAGAGCAUUCUCUUCAGCGAAACACUCGCCAAUGUCGCGACAGGUUCAAUCUUCUGUAUACGCGUGGGGUGCGAAAUGCAGCUUGCAACGUUGAGCCCGGUUCUCAUCGCGAUGCUCUCAUACUGAAAAUAGCGCAAGUAUUCGAUUCGACAGGUCGAGGUCAUUAUCGACUCAGCCGUGCGUAUUCCAAACAGCCACGACAGGACACAUCUCAACUGUUGUACCAAGGUUUACCUUUUGCUCAAGCCCACGUACCAGAUCACAAUGCAUAUUCAGGGUUUGGCUUAGGCCCCGCAACAAUUGAUACCGCUGAUUCGGUAUCGCCCGAAACAACGAAAUUUCCCGAGCCAUCUGAGCUGACCCAUAUCUCAGAUUCGGUUAGCUCUUUGAUGGCCAGUACUCAAAGCUUGGCCACUGAUUUUCAAGACCUCUCGGAAAGAUUCACGCAACUAUCAGAUCAAGUCAAAUUCAUUCAAAUGAGAUUAGAUAAUAUUCACGAACCACCUUAUCACAACAGACUUAUGCCAGGUAUGUAUAAUAGUAAUCCUUUCCAGCCAAGCGGUUUCCCGCCACCUAACGAGGGGCACGGCUAA